AUGAGAAUGGAGACGAAGCAAGGCAUUAUCAGCACCGAAUCUCGUCAAGACAAUGAGCCAGUGCGACAUCGCUCGCUGUACAUCCUAGACGAUACAGUAGUGAUUCGUGUGGAGGAUACCCUCUAUAGGGUGCAUCGUUAUUUCCUCAAGCGGCAUUCUUCUGUGUUUGCAGGAUUGUUCGAUCUACCUCCAUGUCCCGAUAAACCAGUGGAAGGUUCGGGUGACGAAACCCCGAUACAUCUUCAGCAAGUGGCCAGCAUUGAUUUUGAACGACUUCUGUCCUUGUUCUAUCCGAGGAAUGUCCAGAAUGGCGACCUCGCCACCGUAGACGAGUGGACGUCUGUUCUCGCUCUAGCCAGCAAAUUCGGGUUUGAUGAAUUCCGUGAGCUUGCAGUUGCACGCCUGUCGCAGAUUGCGACCCCCGUCGAUCGCAUAAUGCUGUCGCGCGCCUACGACAUGACUGGUUGGCUUAUUCCUGCGUACGCUGAGCUAUGCAAACGUGAUGAAUCUCUUACCCUUCAGGAGGGUCUGCGCUUGGGAAUGAAAGAUGUUAUUAUGUUGUCCCACAUUCGUCAAACCAUCAGAAGGGGUAGUUACUUGACAAGUAUCAGGAUGUCUGACAGCGAUAUCCUUACAUAUAUUGACCAGCAGCUAAAAUUAUAA